AUGUCGAGUCACGAGUGGUCGAGGGAUUUAUCAUUGGGUCAGGGGGUGCCGGAGGAGAUGAACGGGAGAGAGCCGUCAGACGUGAUAUGCAUGAUAUCAGAGUCGACAAUGAAUAUCAUGAGAGAACGCAUGAGUACAUGCCAGCACCUGAUAGUCAAACCGAACGAUCUAGACUAUGACUAUUCAGAGAGAAGGGACUACUCUAUGUCGCCUUACUCGUCCUCCAUUCACACGCAUGGGUCAAGACCUCAAAACUAUCAUCCAUCAAACCCGCAAAGGAAUGCUCGGGUUGAGCCUUCCGGAUCUGCAAACCAACCAGCCCAACAGGAUGUUGAGGCAACGCCAGUAGCAGAAGGUCAAACGCAAGCCGAUCCGACCUUAUCAAUGGUGCAUAAUCUCUUAUCUCAAGUACUACAUGAGCCAUACCCGGUAACGGCAAUGGAGUGCCGCCACCACCAGAUUUUCUGA